GAGGGUGCAGAGAGGAGAGGGGAGGGGGGAAGGGUGAGGAGAGGAGAGGGGAAGGGCGGGGAGAUGACAGGCCUGAUGUUCUUGCUCCGCCGAGCCCUGCGGCCGCCCUGGAUGCAGCUGCUGCUGGUGUACGUGCUGGUGCUGGCGGUGCUGCUGCCGCUGAUCGGACAAGGCAAGCGGCACUCGUACUACUUCCGCGCCUCGGCCCACCUAGCCGGGCUGACGGAGCAGGCCCUGGCCGACAGCCUGGAGCGGGCCGAGGAAGCCGAGAGCUACUUCCGUGAGGCCGCGGAUGGAGGGGAUGGAGGGGAGGACGGGGAGAAGCCGCACAUGGCGGUGGUGAUAGUCACCACGGUGCGGUCUCAGGGAGCCGAGUACCGCUACUACCUACAGGUAGCCGCCGCCCUGCACCGCCUGCUCCGCCGCUGCCCCUGGUGCCGGCACUACCGCCUGAUGGGCUGCAACGUCCACCCGUGGCCGGCCGAGCACUGGCAGGCGGAGGGGGCGGCGUCCAGGCUGGUGCCCGUGGUCCGGCGCUUCGCAGACGGCGGGGACGGGCAGCCGCAGCCGGAGCCGGAGUCGGAGCGCUUCGAGAAGGAGAAGGCGGACUACCUCUUCUGCCUGUCCCGCGGCCUGGCCCUGCAACCCCGCUACGUGUUGGUGAUGGAGGACGAUGCCUUGCCUUCCCCCGACCUCUUCCCCGUGUUGCGGGACGUGUUGGAGCGGCGCCUGGCCGCCCGCGACCCGCUCUACGUGAAGCUCUACCACCCGGAGAGGCUGCAGGGUUUCCUUCAUCCCGAGCCGGCCCGGAUCAUGGAGUGGGCCGGUCUAGGAGCGCUGGGAGGCGGUCUCCUCUUCUACCUGCACCGCCGGCUGACGGGCGGCUGGGCCUCCUCCUUGUCGUCGUCCCUGGCUUUCUGCGCCCUGGCCGCUCUGUGCAUGUUGGCGGCCGAGGGCUACGGCCGCGUCUACCUGCUGGAGGCUCGCCGGGCCAGCCCGCAACUCUACGCCAUGUCGCCCGCGUCUCACUGCUGUACUCCCGCCAUGGCCUUCACUGCCCGCGGCGCCGCCAGGGCCCUGCGUUACCUCCGCGCCCGCCGCUGCCGCUCCGGCUUCGCCAAGGACUCGGCGCUGUACGAGGCGCUGAGGGACGAGGGGGACACGGCGUACGUGGUGGAGCCCAACCUGGUCUCACACAUCGGACUCUACUCCACGCUGCGGGGGGUGAUCGAGCAGCCCAGUCUGUAGGCGGGGGACUCGCCCCGGCCCCGGCCCCGGUCCUGGGUGUAUGUGGCGGGGGCAGGGGAGAGGGAGAUACCCCUGUGCCUGACUUUAGGAGUGUGUGAUGGGGCAGGAACCAGGAGAAUUGACUCUGUGAUGGGCGGGAGAGAGAUUCUCGUUAUUCCCGGCCAUGUGUUCAUGUGUGACGUUACAUGGAAGAGGUGACUUCGCUUUGUUUCUGACCCCAGGAGGGCGCGAUGGGGCAGAGGGAGAUUUCCCCCUGUGCCGCCCCGGGAGUGUGUGGCGGGCACGGGGUAGAGAGAGAUUCGUUUUGUGUGUGACCCUGGGAAUACGUGGCCGGACGGUGUCGAGGGAGCGACCCUCCGUGCCUGACCCCGGGAGUUUGCGACUAGCAGGAGCUUCGUUCGCCCUGUGCCUGGCCUUUGAGUGAGAAAGCUAACAUUUCAAUGUUAAUAUAACAUUACAUAAAUCAAGGAUGGAUUUAUUUGCGAACUUGAAUGUGAAACACUGCCACUGCCUUAACUUAGGAGAACAUGUAGUAGUACUGUUAAAUGCCUUAAUUUAUAAGAAUACUUAAUUAUGUAUAAAUAACUGCCUUUAUUAAAAGACACGCCUGAAAC